ACGUUUUUAUUUAGAUCUGUUUUUGCCCCUAUACUUGAAGAAAGAAAAAUUUAUUUUCCCCAGAACAUUCUCCAUUAUCGUAAAAAAUACAAAGCAAAAUUAAAUAAAAAUUACCAAUAUCAGCACAACACAUCAAAAUUAAAGCAGAGUAAACAAAAGUCUCGUCAGCAGGCACACACAUCACAUCUCACACGGUCGCUGCAGCAGCGCAGCUACUUAAUCGUAGAGACGUCUCAUACCAUAAAUAAGGAACAAUAACGACGUAACAACGAAAAGAAACAACAGAGCAAGCAGCCAGCUGAAGCAAAUGUAAAAUUGUAAAUUUCCCGCAAAAGUAGAGAAAGUGCAAGGAAAAUAACAAGUGGUGACCGAAAGGAUAGAGAGUCAACCCACAGAAACAUAAACAUGGCAGGUUCAGCACUUAGAAGACUUAUGGCAGAAUGCAAACAACUGACUUUGGACCCACCAGAUGGCAUAGUGGCAGGGCCAGUAAGCGAAGAUAACUUCUUUGAAUGGGAAGCGUUGAUAGCUGGUCCCGAGGGCACAUGCUUCGAGGGUGGCGUCUUCCCAGCCCGUUUAGUAUUCCCACCCGACUACCCGCUUAGUCCGCCAAAAAUGAAAUUCACCUGUGAAAUGUUUCAUCCGAAUAUUUUUGCUGAUGGACGUGUUUGCAUAUCAAUAUUACAUGCCCCCGGCGAUGAUCCCAUGGGCUAUGAAUCAUCCGCCGAACGCUGGAGUCCUGUGCAAAGUGUGGAGAAGAUAUUACUCAGUGUCGUAUCAAUGUUAGCUGAACCCAACGAUGAGUCUGGAGCCAAUGUUGAUGCGGCUAUAAUGUGGCGCGAAAAACGUGAGGAGUUUAAUAAAAUCGCCAAACGUUUGGUGCGUAAAACCCUGGGUUUGCCCUCAUAAAUAAACAUACCACAAAAUUUUAGAAAUAUGCAAAACGAUUUAAAACAAAAUGUAACUAGAGAAACAUCAUUGAUUUAUAUAUACAAAAAAAAAACUAAAAAAAAAUAUAUAGUAAUAGAAAUGUACGUAGGUUUGUAUCAGCUACAGACCUUUAAAUGAUAAAAUCACCAUUGUAACAAAAAAAAAAAAAUAGAAACUUUAGUUAAAAACAAAACAAAAUCUGUAAUACUAAUCUAAACGAUAAUUUUGUGUUCCCAAACACCAAAAGGAUUUCACAGUAAACAUAAAUUUGAUUACAAAAAACAAAACACAAAAAAAAUGAAUAAAACAAAAGAAAAUAUGAUUUCUCAAAUA